UAUUACUCCACUAGGCAGGCACUUGAAGAUAUAUCUGAGCCUCUCUCUAUAUAAUGGCUUCCACUCUCUAAUUCACAACAUCCAAAUCCAGUCCUCCACUUCACAGACAUGGCAAAACUUGGCUUUUGCUUCUUCUUCUUCUUCUUCCUCUUCUUCUCUAAUUACCAUUUCAUAGUUGUGAAGGCUGAGCCAGCAGCCAGUGCCACAAACUUCAUCAAGGCCUCAUGCAGAGCCACUCGCUACCCUGCCCUGUGUGUCCAGUAUCUCUCAAUCUACGCCACCAAAAUCCAACAGAGCCAGCGACAAUUGGCUCAAACAGCCCUCUCAGUCAGCCUAUCCCGGGCUCGAUCCGCCACCGCCUUCGUGGCCAAGAUGACCCGAGUCUCCGGCAUCAAGCCCCGAGAGUACCAAGCCGUGAAAGAUUGCGUUGACAACAUGGGUGACACCGUGUACCAGCUUAGCAAAUCUAUCAAGGAGCUAGGACACAUGGGUCGAGCCAGUGGUCAGGACUUCACGUGGCACAUGAGCAAUGUCCAGACAUGGGUGAGUGCAGCCCUCACCGAUGAGAACACUUGUGUUGAUGGCUUCGGUGGCCGUGCCAUGAAUGGGAAUGUCAAGGCUUCUAUCAAGAACAGAGUCACCAGAGUCGCUCAGCUCACUAGUAAUGCUCUCGCGUUGGUUAAUCGCUUCGCGGCCAAACACCGAGCUUCUGAAUCCACCAAGCUGCCUUAGAUUUAUGGUUGGAUCUACAUGUAUAGCCUCAGAGGGUCUCAGCAUCUUGGUUUGUGUCUAAUUUUUUAUAUCUAAUGUACUCUGUUUGGCUGUGCCAGUUUGCCUUUGUAUAGUGCUUGGUUUUGUGCUUGAAUCAAUUUUGUAGCUGUUGAAAUCACCAUAAUGCUUAUGUUAUGGUGGUUUAUGUGUGGAUGUUAAUUAGGGUCUCUAAGUAAAGGUGUGUUCUUGUAUCCAGUUUUGUUUGUCAUGUAUUAUACUCGUAUUAGGCUUGAUAUAUAUGUUUUUUUCUUCUCUAGAA